AUGUCCGCCAUGAACAUGUCCGUCUCCGCCAAGUUCGCCGCCGCCAAGGUGACGAUCAACGCCCGCCGCACCGCCGCGCAAAAGCCGCGAUCGGUGAAGGCGCAAUACAAGGUCACGCUCGAAACCCCGGAGGGCAAGCAAGAGAUCGAGUGCGCCGACGAUACGUACAUCCUCGACGCCGCUGAGGAAGCCGGCAUCGACUUGCCGUACUCGUGCCGCGCGGGCGCGUGCUCGUCCUGCGCGGGCAAGGUCACGGCCGGUUCCAUCGACCAGUCCGACCAAUCCUUCUUGGAUGACGACCAAAUGGGCAACGGCUUCGUGCUCACGUGCGUCGCCUACCCGACGUCGGACUGCACCGUCAAGACGCACAUGGAGGAAGAACUCUACUAA